AUGGCAGAACUAUGCAAGAAUAUCCGGGAGUUGAAAUCUAUUCUUUAUGGCAACAGUGAAGCAGAACCAGUUUCUGAAGCUUGUGCACAGUUGACUCAAGAGUUUUUUCAAGGAAACACCUUACGUCUGCUAAUUAUUUGUCUCCCAAAAUUGAACCUAGAGGCUCGGAAAGAUGCUACUCAAGUUGUUGCAAAUUUGCAAAGGCAGCAAGUUCAUUCACGGUUGAUUGCUUCUGAUUAUUUGGAAGCAAACAAAGAUCUUUUGGAUCUUUUAGUAUCUGGUUAUGAGAACAUGGACAUUGCUUUACACUAUGGUGCUAUGCUGAGGGAGUGUAUUCGUCAUCAAAGUAUAGCAAGGUAUGUUUUAGAGUCUGAGCACAUGAAGAAGUUUUUUAAUUAUAUACAGCUUCCGAAUUUUGACAUAGCAUCAGAUGCCUCUGCAACUUUUAAGGAGCUUUUGACAAGGCAUAAAUCAACUGUUGCUGAAUUUCUUUCUAAAAAUUAUGACUGGUUUUUCAAUGAAUUUAACUCAAAGCUUCUGGAGUCUCCCAAUUACAUAACUAGAAGGCAAGCUAUCAAGCUUUUGGGAGACAUGUUACUGGAUCGAUCAAAUUCUGCAGUUAUGAUGCGCUAUGUUAGCUCAAAGGACAAUCUUAUGAUUCUAAUGAAUCUUCUCAGGGAAUCAAGUAAGAAUAUCCAAAUAGAGGCAUUCCAUGUAUUCAAGCUAUUUGCUGCUAAUCAAAAUAAGCCCCAGGAGAUAGUAAGCAUACUCGUCACAAACAGGAACAAGCUUCUUCGGCUUCUAGGUGAUUUUAAGACAGACAAAGAGGAUGAACAGUUUGAUGCGGACAAAUCUCAAGUCAUCAAAGAGAUAGCAGCCCUGUAACUACAAGAGUUCUCCUGCAUGGUCAUGUCCGUCAUAUUAUUUUUUAUUAUGUAAUUGUCAAUGUAGAAGAUGGAAUCACCCUGUUCUGUGGUCUCUGGCAUGGUAUGCUCAGACCAUUGUAUUGUAUCUAUAGAAAAAAAAAUAAUACUCGUGAACAUCAAUCAGCAAGACGAGGAUGUUUUUUUUUUCUUUGCCUUGUAAUAAAUUUAUACAUAAUUUUAAUUAUAUACCUAUUAGAAUGUUCUUUCCUUCACAAU